UCGGACGUGGGUCUCGCGUGGGCACGUGGGUCACGUUCCCUCGUGGCUGGAAGGGUUGCGGUGGCCGGUCCGAUGGUUGCGAGUCACGGUUUGUUUGACGAGGAAAUUUAAACGGCCGCGAAGAUGAGCGACGCGGAAGGAGAUGAGAAUUUAUGCGAUAGCGAUCAGGAAGUUUCCAAAAAUCAUUCGAAGCUUAUCGAGGCUGUGACGCGGCUCGAUAAGACGCAAAGAGUGAAAAAGGCAGAACGAAGCGAGCCCAGUUUAGAGGUGUCCGAGUAUCAUCUUGUGAAAAGCGGUGUAACAGACGAGGAUGCGAUAUGCGUGCGAGAUCUGAUCAAGUCGUUGGAGCGAAAAGGUGAUCAGAGCAAUAUCGUUAAGAAGCUUCGAUACCUUCAGCAAAAGAACAAAGUACUUCCCAAGCCAUUGGAGAAACCAGCAGCUGAAAGGAUAAAAAGGACAGUUGGUUAUGACAAGGUUAAGGACGAGUUGCAAAAAUGGGACAGUGUAGUAACUAGGAACAGAACGGCAGAACAGUUGUCCUUCCCGUUGAAACGCGUAGAUCCGGUGGUGGAUUCUCACAAUUCGAAGAUACCUGCGUUUCUACGGGGGUUCAGUACGAAAUCUGAUUUGAUGAAGAAGUUCGAGGAAGUGGAUCCGACGUUGCUCCACCCUCCCGACAAGGAAGAGGAGAAGGGCAAUAAGUACAAAAUGACACUGGAGGAGAUAACCUUGAGACGGAAGGAGGCUGCCAGGCUCAGAGCGCAACAGUCAUAUCAAGAGGCGAAGGCGCAUCGUCUGCGUAAGAUAAAGAGCAAGAAGUUCCAUCGCAUUCUGCGGAAGGACAAGAUCAAGCAGCAGCUAAAGGAUUUCGAGAAGUUGAAGGAUAGUAAUCCAGAGGAGGCGCUGGCGAAGUUGGAGCAGUUGGACAAGACUCGUGCUGAAGAGAGGAUGUCGUUGAGGCAUAAGAACACAGGCCAGUGGGCCAGAAAUAAGCAGAUCAAAGCCAAAUAUAAUAAGGAAACACGACAGGUACUUGCUGAACAGUUGGCCAUUAGUAAGGAAUUGACGCAAAAAGUUAAGAGAAUUGACAGCGAUGAAGAAGAGGAUGAGGAGGACGAAGGAAAUAUGGAGGAUGUGGAAGAUAAGGAAUAUAAAAAAGCUAGUGAGGAAAGAAACGAGUUAAGCAAUAAGAGCAGCAACGUAAAAACUGAGCCUGAAAUUGAUGAAUUCCUCAAGCUUUGUCGGAGUUAUUACGACAAGAAACAACAGACGAACGGAAAGCAAAUAGAAAAAAACGGAACUUUGGAUGAGAUUAUUCCGGAAGAAGAAAUAGAGACAUCGUGUGAUCGCGAUGACAAGAGUGGUACUUCACAAGCGGAUACGAAAACUAAACUCGGCAGUGUUGAGAAAAAUAGUACUUUGCGGGCAAAUACAAGUGAUACGAAAAGUAAAUUACGCGACAAUCAGAAAAGCAGUGCUUCGCAAAAAAAUACAGGGAACACGAAAAGUAAAUUAUGUGACAACGAGGAAGGCGAUGCUUCACGGGCAAAUGCAAAUGAUGCAAAGAGCGAAUCCUGCAGCAAGAAGAAAAGCAAUAUUUCAUUAACAAAUACAGAUGAGAUGAAAGAUAAAAUUCCUAAAGGAAAAAAGAAUAAAGGAAAAACGAAGAAUAAAGAAAGUCCCGUCGACGUUUGCGAGAAAUCGAAACAACAUUCUGAUUGCAAGAUUAAUAAAAAGUCUGCAUCACAAGAUAUAAAAAAAACGUCUAAUUCCAAGGGCCCGAAGAAGGAAAAUACAAAACGUAAACUGAAUCAGCAGGUGCAGAAAGUGAAGAAGAAAUUCAAGGCAAAUAAGACGGAAAAGGCUGAAGAGGUAGAGGAGGAGACUGAAGAUUAUUCGCCAAGUCUCGAAUUCGAAAAUCCCAAACGGAAACCAAUUCUGGAUUCUCCGUUGGACGAAACGACUUCCGGCGAGAACGCACGUAAGGAUAGCGAUCUGACGAGAUUGAAGGCGAUAGCGAAUUCGGUGCAGGAACCAGCCGGCACCGGCCACGAGGUGGAGAUAGAUCCGAAGAAGUACGUGAACAUAAAACCCAAACAUUUGAAGACGCAGCUGCCGGAUGUGGCCACGUACGGGGAUGAGGAUAGCGAACAGGAGGAGGAGACGCACAGAAUAAUGAGCGAGGCGUUCGCGGACGACGACGUUGUCGAGGAAUUCAGGAAGGAGAAGGAAGAGGAGAUGGAAAAGUCGCAGCCGCAGAAUAUUGAUCUGAGCCUACCCGGAUGGGGAAGCUGGGGCGGAUCGAACAUCAAGAAGAGUAAGGUGGCUCGUAAGAAGAGCCGAUUUAUAUUGACCGUUCCCAAGGAAAAGCCGCGUAAGCCCGAAAACCAGGGGAAAGUCAUAGUGUUCGAGCACGAGAACGAGAAGUUGAAGAAGCAUCUCGUCAGGGAGCUACCCUAUCCGUUUACCAGGGUUAAGGACUUCGAAGCGACCAUCAGAGCUCCCAUCAGCAGGACCUUCGUCCCAAUGAACGCCCAUGUGCGACUCAUUCAGCCGGCAGUGAAGACCAAGCUCGGACAAGUGAUCGAGCCGAUGGAUGAGAGUGAGUUGGUGAAGAAGGAGUCAAUGAUGAAGAUACCGCUAAAACGUAAUAAUGCAAAAAAUGAUAAUAAAAGGAAAAAUGAUAAGAAGAAUGAUAAGAAAAAUGCGGUAAAGAAAACUAUUGCAAAAAGAAAUAACAAAAAGAGACGUAAUCAGAAUGUACAGAAUAAAAAUACAAAAUAA